AUGACGUCAAAUAUCCAGAAAUUUAGACAUUUUUUGAAGCAGUUUGACUAAACUGGAGCUCCAGUGUCCCUAAACUACAAUAAUUCUAGUACUUUCAAGACUACUUUGGGUGGAACUAUUACACUCUUAAGUAGAUUGGGAAUAAUAUGCUAUUUCCUAAUUCUAGCUAAGUAGUUAUACGAUUAGGAGAAUAAAGUGACCUUUAAAUAAGUCCAUAGAACUGCUAACAGAGAUAACCAAACGAAUCAUAUAAAUCUUGAGAAUUUCGACAUUGCUAUUGGACUCUAAUUUUAUGAUGGUUUGACUCAUCUUUAUGAAAAAUAGAACCUUAACUGA